AUGGUGGACAGGACAAAUACAAGCUCUACCGAACAGUCUCACGGAAGCCGCGGAUCCAACGCCAGCUCCGGAUCUAGUAAAUCGAGGGAAAGCAUUCGAGCCUUCUUCUCUCGAAAAGCUACAAACACGAGCGAUCGAAGAGCGUCCACAGCCAAAGAAUCGAAGGACAAGAAGUCACCUACAGUCUCGAGAGAUGGCCUCAAGAUCCCGGACGAACGUAAUGCCAGAGAUUUGCUCCGAGACGAGCAUGAUGCGUGGGAGUACAACACAGUGCUCCUGUUAGGCGGACGACGAUCAAAUGCUAUGAUCCAACUGUUCGCUCUCAAGGCUCUCAUGUCUGAGAUCGAGAAACUUGAGGUGCGAAACAACGCACAGUCGAGCUUUGAUUCGCCUUUGAUACUUUGUCAAAGGAACGAGAAUCCAGCGGGGUUGUCUGGUGCAGCACCCGACGAGACACCCAAAAACCACGACGCAGGAUACCUCCCCUGCCACUAUUUCGACUUCGCCGGCGGCACUUCCACCGGAGGACUCAUCGCAAUCCUCCUCGGACGCCUAAGGAUGACGGUGGAUGAAGCCAUCACCGCGUACGAGGAUCUGAAUCCAUUCCAGAAGUACACCACCACCCCCACGAAGAGGAGGGCUUCGAACCAGGAGAAAGAAUUCAGGGAACGACUCGACUCGGCUGUCAAGAGGCCAGUGAUGCGGCUUCCAGGCACCAUGGUCAAGAACGUGCCCAUUUCCACCAAACUCGCCUCCGGCCCGUACAUGUGCAAAACAUUCCUGAGGGACGACGCUGGCAGCAAAGUGGACCUCAGCACCUGCAAAUCAGACGACAGGCGCGGGGAAGAAAUCAUCGAUGCAGCGUGCAAGAUCAUCAACCAACCGAAGAGGACCUGGGUUCUCCGGAUGCCCAAGCGGAGGAACACCAAAACCGGCUCGCCAAAGUCUGAUUUCCUAAUGGGCAUCAGCCGGAGCCAGGGCGCCGAGACGCGCACGCUCGAAAGGUUCUCCACGAAGGACGUCCCGAAGUUCAUCGAACAAGGCGCCGACACGUUGGAUUCCGGGGCGGACAUCCUCUCUUUGCUCGAGAAAAACCGAUCAUCCGACGCGAAUGCCGUCAGGUGGCUGGAGCAGAUCGGUAAAUGUGCAGAAUAUCUGGUGGAGAAGCGACAGCGGCGAGCACAGACUGCGAAUUGGGAAAGAUUUGCCCUGGGAACUGACUACAGAUGCGGCUACUGCGUGGCCGAGGGCCGACCGAAGGACCCGGAGAGGUCGUACGACCAGUAUUUGUUGAUCGAACAUCUGCAGACAAAGCAUCGUGCACCACCGUCUGAUGAUGAUCGGUUUGACACCUAUUGCGAGAUCCUGAGACAUUUCCGGACCGUGGCCGUUGCUCAGGAGCCAGGGGUCGAACAAUGUUGA